AUGUCAACCACGGAAAUUGAGAAAUCCAACAUCAAUAAGGAUGAAGCUGACAAAGUCGCCGAAAAAUUGGCCGACUUGAAUGUUGACAACACGAAAGAGGCUAACGGAAAACCAGCGCGUCGCAAUUUCACUGGAAGACGUGGAGGUUAUCGUGGACGUGGUGGACGAGGAGGAAGAAGAAACGUAAGCUUUUAUUGAUUUUUUAAUGAAAAAAAACAUCGAAAAUGAAUUACAGUUCGUUCCACGCAUUCCAUAUGAAGAACAAUUGAAAAAGAUCGAAGAAGAACAGAAGAACAAAAAAGUCAUUGAGACCGGUGUUAAUGGAUACGUUAAAUGGUUCUCGGUUCGCGGCCGUUACGGAUUUGUUGCUCGUGAAAACGGAAAAGAAAACGAGAAAGAUGAUUAUUUUGUUCAUCAAAGUGCAAUCAUCAAAUCAAGCACCAUCAAAGUAUAUCUUCGUACUUUGGAUGAUGGAGAAAAAGUCGUUUUCGAUAUCGUUGAAGGAGCCAAAGGCCUCGAGGCUGCUAAUAUUACUGGACCAGAUGGUGAAAAUGUCAGAGGAUCAAAAUACUCUCGUCAACUUCUCUGGCGUUUCCGUCGUCCAAAUGGUCCACCAAGACGUCAAAGAGCCACUGAUGAUGGAGCCGCUGAAAAAGACAACAAAAACGGCGACGAAGCUCAGAAUACCGAAGCUGGUGAGGCUCGCGGAGCCCAAAAACGUCGUCCACGCCGUGCUCGCGGAAAACUUGCACCAAACGCGCAAAACGAAGGGGUGGAAAAAGUUGGAAAUGGUCAUAAAGUGAGUUUUUGCUCAAAAAAGCUGUAUAGUUUUAAUAGCGAAUAAGUUCGCAAUUUCAACUUCUCAUUCCACGUAUUUGUUGAAUCAAAAAUCAAUAUUUCAGGAAGAUCAAGGAAACGGUGACGGUUCAAAUGCCGUUGUGGCCAAUGGCGAGAAAAAAGGAAAUCGCCGCACCAACAAAAACAAGAACAGAAACAACAAAAAAGGUGAUGCCAAACAAGUCGAAGGUGGCGAUGAUUCAGCCGCCCCAAAACUAAUUGACGCAUAA